UGAAACUUAAAAGCAAUGUCUUUUGUGAGUUGAAAGAUUAGGAAAUUACCGUGGCAUAUAAGAUUGAGGUUUUCCAAACGCACCAAAUAGUACUGCCUGAAAAGAACAAAGGUUUGACAUCUAUACAGUUCUAAUGUGGAGAAAGAUACCUUGUAGUUUUACUGAAUUAAAUCUUGAAAUAACAUUAGGAGGAGGCCAAUCAUUCAGGUGGAACAAAAAUGCUAAAAAUGAAUGGAUUGGAGUAAUUUCAGAUCUUGCAUGGAUCCUAAAGCAAGAUAGUCAAGGAAAUAUUCUUUAUGUAGUGAAUCCAGCUGAUGCAACUGAAAAUAAGGUCAGUUGUGGUCUCAAGAAACAGAAACGUAUGAAGAUAUGCAAAAAUGCUCCUCUAUUGAACCUCAGAUUAGGAACCAAUUUUUCUGACUGUGAUAAUAUGUUAAAAGACUAUUUCAAUUUACAUAUAAAUCUAGAUGAGCUUUAUAAUACAUGGGGAAAAGCUGAUGAAAAUUUUAGACUGGUUGCAAAUCAUUACAAAGGCAUCAGAAUUCUACGUCAAGAUCCACUUGAAAAUGUAUUUUCAUUCAUUUGUUCUGCAAAUAACAAUAUUUCAAGAAUAAGUAGUAUGGUGGGGAAAUUGUGUUCCCACUAUGGAAAAGCGAUUUCUGUAUUUGAUGGGACUACAUAUUAUGCAUUUCCAGCGUUAGAAAGUUUAGCUGCAAAUGGAGUGGAAGAGACAUUAAGAAAAUUAGGUUUUGGAUAUAGAGCAAAGUACAUCCAUGAAACUGCUAAAAGUUUGCUUCAUGACAGACCGAGUGACUGGCUCAAAACUCUUAGAACUUUGCCGUAUGCAGAAGCACAUGCUGAAUUGAUAAAACUACCAGGAAUAGGAGCAAAAGUAGCCGAUUGCAUUUGUCUGAUGUCUCUUGAUAAGUACAAUGCUAUUCCAGUGGAUACUCAUAUUUGGCAAGUUACUUUAAGGGAUUAUUUACCACACCUAAAGAAUUCUAAAACAUUAACCAGCAAAAUCUUUCAAGAAAUAGGCAACUUUUAUCGGGAAAGGUUUGGUGAUUAUGCUGGUUGGGCAAAUACAGUAUUAUUUGCUGCUGAUCUGAAAAAAUUCAAGGAGCCAGAUAAAGUGACUAAUAAGACUUAAAAAAUACAGAAUGGGUUUCAUUUUAACAUGCAUAUUAUAUAUAUAUAUGUAGUUUAAGGAUCAAUUGUAAUAAAACUUCAUAUAUUUCAUUCUUAAUAA